UUGCCACAUGUCCCAUCCACUACACGUCUUUCUGAUAACCUAACUUAGUCGAUCCUAACCUAUAAAAUAAACAAAACAGCCGUAGUUUCUGUAUUUCUGUGGAAAAUCACAUUACCUCAACAAAUACUCAUCUCAAUCGCUGAACAGUUUCGAAUCCGCACGAAAAUAUCUAAGAAAAAACAAUAUCCUCCAAAAUGUCGUCGCCCUGCAGUGACAUAAUAGACGACAUCGAGGACCUGAUAUCAUCCCAGGACAUAACGCCGAAGGAGCGUUACAGCACCAAGAAAAACGUGACAGUGCGAGCCAAGCGAAAAAAGGACAUCCGCGAAGCUCCGGAGGCUACAAUCCUGUCCAGCGUCAUUCCAGGCACGCAAACAAUCUACGUGAAGACCUGGGGCUGCACGCACAACAGUUCAGAUAGCGAAUACAUGGCUGGUCAGCUGGCAGCGUACGGCUAUAAUUUGACAGAGGACAAAAGCCAGGCUGAUCUGUGGUUGUUAAAUUCAUGUACGGUAAAAAACCCAGCCGAAGAUCAUUUCAGGAAUGAAAUCGAGCUCGGCAGAUGCAGCGGCAAGCACGUUGUAGUCGCUGGCUGCGUGCCUCAGGGUGCACCGAAAACAGGUUUCCUGUCCGGUCUGAGCGUAAUUGGCGUCCAGCAGAUCGACCGGGUGGUCGAGGUGGUCGAGGAGACGUUGAAAGGAAACUCGGUUAGAUUUCUGGGUCAGAAGAAAGAGCAGGGAAAGAAAAUCGGCGGAGCUUCGCUGGCCCUGCCGAAAGUCAGGCGGAACCCACUGAUCGAGAUCAUCGCCAUAAACACAGGCUGCCUGAACCAGUGCACCUACUGUAAAACAAAGCACGCGAGAGGCGAAUUGGGCAGCUAUCAACCGGACGAGAUAAUUGAGCGUGCCAAGCAGGCCUUUUCCGAGGGCGUCUGUGAACUCUGGCUUACCUCUGAGGACACAGGGACCUACGGCCGUGAUAUCGGCUCCAGCCUUCCGGAGCUCCUCUGGAGACUCGUGGAAGUCGUGCCCGAGGGCUGCAUGAUGCGUAUCGGGAUGACAAACCCCCCCUACAUCCUGGAGCACCUUGAAGAGAUGGGCAAAAUUCUUCAACAUCCCAGAGUCUACAGUUUUCUGCACGUCCCUGUUCAGUCGGGCAGCGAUCAGGUGCUCGCAGAUAUGAAGAGAGAGUAUUGCUGCGCUGACUUUGAACAGGUUGUUAAUUUCCUGCAAGCCCGGGUACCGGGCGUCACCAUUGCCACGGACAUAAUAUGCGGUUUUCCUACCGAGACAGACAACGACUUUGAGGACACCAUGACCCUCUGCAAAAAGUACAAGUUCCCAAGUCUGUUCAUCAACCAGUUUUAUCCCAGGCCUGGAACUCCGGCUGCAAGGAUGGACAAGGUUCCUGCUCAGGAAGUCAAAAAGAGAACGAAAAAGUUGUCCGAAUUUUUUCAGUCCUACGAACCGUACGGUCACAAAGUUGGCCAGGUUCAAAAUGUUCUCGUCACUGAGAUUUCUCACGACAAGAAACACUUCGUUGGGCACAACAAGUUCUAUGAACAGGUUUUGGUGCCCAUGAGGGAUGGGUUCAUGGGUAAGAUGGUUCAGGUACGAAUCAUAUCCGCCACCAAACAUUCUAUGAAAGGACAGCCGCUCGAUGAAGGAAUCUCUGCGUCGAUCAGAACUCCGCUGCCCAAAGGGAUUGUCUCCGGUAUUAUUGAAGUUGCCGAAACCAAACAAUCCGAACCAUCCAAAUACAGACUGUUUGCUCUCAUUGCAAUUUUCUUGGCGGUGUUGGCCAGAUUUUUAUGGAAACUUUUAAACGUUUGAUUAUCACUAUUUUAGGAUAAAGAAUUUGUCCGUGUUGUUUAUUUUUACUGGAAUCAUUUUCACUAUUAAAAGAAACAAUGCGGAAUUAUAUUUAUUUAUUUGUUCCCAUGUAAAUAUAUAACUGUAUAUAACUGUUAUUGAUAUGACGAUUUCGUAAACUCAGAUGUAUUUAUAAUUUCGAAAUUUAACGAAUUUCAAAAUUAUUAUAACUGUUAUUAUUAUGUAAAUAUUGCUUGGCAUGUGAGGUAUAAAUUCUUGACAAUACGAAAGUCAAAACUCUAAAUAGAUAUCCGAUGGUUGAAAAUCUAUUGUUUGAAAUUCAUAUUAGGGAAUCCAAAUGUCUUUCGUUUUGUUUGUUGUCAGGACAAAGAAUUUUGCGACAUCAAAUGGUUUCUUGCCAAAGCUUUGGCUUGAUUGUUAUCUGACUAGUAAAUUGAAUACCAAAUAAUCCUAAGUAUCGAUUUCAUGAUUUUAUGAUCGAGAUGUGCAUAGUAAUGGCAGUAGUAAACUGAUCCGAUAUAUUUUUUACAUCUUGAUCAAAGUUCUUAUUUGCUUAAAAUGCGAUUUUGUUUAUUCUAGUAAAUUCAUUGUGAAUAGAUCACUAGAAAGAUGACAAUCUUACUUUUUCACGAG